AAAUUGUAAAUAAACACUUAAUUUACUUGCGCAAAUCACGAACACCUACAAAAGAUAAGGCAGGUAUAAAAGCAGGAAGCGCAUUGUCAUCUACAGUUCAUUCAAAAUGAAGGUCUUAGCUAUUAUAGUCGUCUGCCUUGCCGUUGCCUGCAAUGCUCAAAAAUACAAGCGUUGUCGCGCCCAAAAGUGCGACGAUGUCGAGGUGCAAAGGCAACAGUUGAUCAAGUUUCCUUUCGGGUGCCUCAACUCCGAUUACCUCAGCGAAUGGAGGAAGUGCGUACUCAACGACGAUCAAACGGUAGAUUGUCCCCAGGACAAAUUUAACAAGUGCACCAAGCAAAUUGCGGUACGCCACGAUAAGGGAUGCGACAAAUGCGACGUUGGCGCACUGAAGAACAGCAUUGAUCAACUUCAGAAAAUUAACUUCAAAUGCUUCUGCACAAGAUUCUUGGGCUACUUCAACAAGUACCUCGGCUCAAACGAUUGGGAUAACGAUAAGUGUCCGGGGCACAAAUUGAACAAGUACUUCCAAGAUGCUUAUGACAACCUUCCAGACGUUUAAAUACAGUGUUUCCAUUAAAAUAUAUUAAUAUUGUAUGCUUACCUACUUAAGUGCCUAUAUUAUGCUUGAAUAGAUGCUAUUUUUUCUGUUGCUAAUUUA